UUUGUCACUAUUGGAAACUACAAUGCUCACGUUGGUCUUGGUGUUAAGUGUUCCAAGGAGGUAGCCACUGCCAUCCGAGGAGCCAUCAUCUUGGCCAAGCUUUCCAUCGUCCCUGUGCGAAGAGGUUAUAGGGGCAACAAGAUUGGCAAACCCCACACUGUUCCGUGCAAGGUGACAGGCCACUGUGGCUCUGUUUUGGUGCGUCUUAUCCCUGCCCCCAGAGGCACUGGCAUUGUCUCUGCUCCUGUGCCCAAGAAGCUACUGAUGAUGGCCGGUAUUGAUGACUGCUACACAUCAGCCAGGGGCUGCACUGCCACCCUGGGCAACUUUGCCAAGGCCACCUUUGAUGCCAUCUCCAAGACUUAUAGCUACCUAACCCCUGACCUCUGGAAAGAGACUGUGUUCAUCAAGUCCCCUUAUCAGGAAUUCACUGAUCAUCUUGUGAAAACCCACACCAGAGUCUCUCUUCAGAGGACCCAGGCUCCAGCUGUGGCUACCACAUAAGGGUUUUUAUACAAGAAAAAUAAAGUGAAUUAAAUCUGUUA